UUUACUUGAUUUCUUGUUGGAGCUUUGUGUACAGGUAAACAGUUCUAUUGUUGUAUUGUAGUAAAACGAAGCUAAAACCAAAUAUUAUAGGAGAGAUUUAUAGGUGGUGUUGUCGUAGUAGUAGUGGUGGUGGUGGGGGCGCUGGUGCUGAUUCAAAGGUGAGAAAGAGAACAUUCUGGGCUUUGGCUUUAUGUGAUAGUGUAGCUGUGGUGGCUAUCAAAAGAUGAGGAACAGCUCAUAUUUCUGAAAUCUUGCUCUUUUAUUUUGGGUUUUUGUUGGCUGGUUCUUGUGUUUUGUGGGGUUACGCUAUUGGCUAUUCUUUUAGCUCCCCUAUUUAUGCAGGCUUCUAGCCUAACUAUAACAUUGCCAUUCAUACGAACUUUGAUUCUUUGUACUUGUUAAACCGAUCAUACCCCAUGCCCACUUUGCUUGCUUUAUAACAUUCUAGCACUCUUGUGGAGACCAAUUCAAGGUAUCCCUUCAUAAAUCAAUCAAUACAUUCCAUUUUGUAUCCUUAGAGUGAGUUGAUCUUCUUCAAGCUUUGAUGGUCUGUUAUCUGUUUCUGAUAUGGCUUGUUAUGCUUUCAUUUGAGGUGUUGUGAGGAUCAAAGUUGAAAGAAGAUUUUUUUAAGGAAUGUAUCUGAGUUUUGGGUUUUGAAACUUUGUGGACCAGAAAAGGUCUCCGUAGUGUGUGAUUCUUUGAAAAAAGAAAACAAAGAAAGAGAGAAGUGAAUAGAUAAACAAUUACGGCGAGGGUGAUGGUGUCAGUUUUGAGCAAGUGGGGGUGUCUCUUUUUGUGAGAAUUAUCUAUGUUUUGAGAGUCUUUAGGCAAUGUCUCCUUCACCUGACCCUCUUUGCCCAGGCUGCGUGGCCUCUUCUACCAAUAGAGGAAGCAACCUCUUCUUUGAGCCCCUUUCCAUCUAAGUGAACAAUUAGUCGAAAUUCACACCAUCACCACACUCUUUCUCUCUCUGUUUAUCUCUUAAUCUUUUUCUUUGGCCUUUGGUUUGUAGGGAACAUUCAGUUACACUGAGAAAUUUAUUAGAUUUUUUAUCCAUUUCUGAUACUCAAACACCAGUUGAUAACAAUCAGGUCUCCUAUGUGUACUUCUGUAGUUUACUUGAAGUCUGAUUGGUAAUAUUGCUUUUGAUUGGCCACAGUGGAAUUUCUGUGAAUUUGGUGUAAAAUUGGAAUCUUUUGACAGAAAACUGUGGAACUGAUCAUUCACUCAACAAAAUGAAGUUUAUGAAACUUGGGUCGAAGCCUGAUUCAUUUCAGACCAAGGGAGACAAUAUUAGGUAUGUGGCUACUGAGUUAGUAACAGACAUAGCUGUUAAUGUCGGGGAUGUGAAAUUCAGUCUGCAUAAGUUUCCCCUUCUAUCCAGGAGUGCACGCUUGCAGAAGCUGGUUGCAACAGCAAAUGAUGAUGCCAGUGACGAAAUUAACAUCCAGGAUAUUCCUGGUGGGCCUGCAGCUUUUGAAAUAUGUGCCAAGUUCUGUUAUGGUAUCACAGUCACUCUCAAUGCAUACAAUGUGGUUGCAGCUCGAUGUGCAGCAGAAUUCCUUGAGAUGUAUGAAACAGUUGAAAAGGGCAACCUAGUUUACAAAAUUGAUGUCUUUCUCAACUCUAGCAUCUUCUGUAGCUGGAAAGAUUCAAUUAUUGUUCUUCAAACUACAAGGUCGCUUCUUUCAUGGUCAGAGGAUCUUAAGAUUGUCAGCCGCUGUCUUGAGUCCCUAGCUACCAAGGCUUCAGUUGAUACUUCCAUGGUGGAAUGGUCAUAUACCUAUAACAGGAGAAAACUUCCAUCUGAAAAUGGGAAUGAUCCUCUCUGGAAUGGUGUUAGAAAACCACAAUUGGUUCCAAAGGACUGGUGGGUGGAAGAUCUCUGUGAGCUUCAUAUAGAUUUAUAUAAGAGGGUGAUAACAACAAUCAAAACAAAAGGAAGAGUUUCUGGUGACAUAAUUGGAGAGGCCUUGAGUGCAUAUGCCGUGCGAAGGUUACCAGGGUUUAGCAAGGGUAUGACAAAGAAUGUUGAUGUAACUAAGUAUAGAGCUUUAGCGGAGGCCAUUCUUUGGCUGUUGCCCACAGAGAGAGGUAGUGUUCCCUGUGGCUUCCUGCUUAAGUUGUUAAGAGCUGCAAUUUUAUUAGAAUGUGGAGAAGCAGAAAGAAGAGAAUUGAUGAGGAAAAUUGGCCACCAGCUAGAGGAAGCUACGGUGGCUGAUCUUUCGUUCCAAGCUCCACCUGGGGAAACGACAGUAUAUGAUGUUGAUAUGGUGCAAUGCCUAGUUGGAGAGUUCAUAACAUAUGAGCAGAGUGCUCACACUGGGUUUCCUAUAGAAAAUGAAAUAAAGGAGAUUAGAGGCCCUGGAAUAGUAACAGAUGCUUCAAAGGUGAAGGUAGCAAAGCUGGUUGAUGGCUACCUUGCUGAAAUUGCCCAGGAUCCCAACCUACCUCUUACAAAAUUUGUCAAUCUUGCUGAAAUUGUGUCAAAUUUCCCUAGACUGUCCCAUGAUGGACUUUACUGUGCCAUUGACAUGUAUCUGAAGCAACACCCUGGGAUUAGCAAAAGUGAGAGGAAGAGAAUCUGCAGGUUGAUGGACUGCAGGAAAUUAUCAGCGGAAGCAUGCAUGCAUGUGGUGCAAAAUGAGCGACUUCCCUUGCGAGUGGUUGUGCAAGUCCUCUUCUUUGAGCAGAUAAGAGCCUCAACAUCAGCUGCUGGCAACAGCACGCCUGACAUACCAGCGUCCAUGAGGUCCUUACUCCCUGGUGGAUCUCAUGGGAGUUCACAGUCUACUACAGCCAACACUGAGGAGGAUUGGGAUGUGGUGGCAACUACCAAGGAUAUAAGGGCUUUGAAGGGGGAGCUUGCAACUCUAAGAUUAUCAGGCAAUAAAAUCUGGAAUGAUGGUGCAAAAAAUGCGAAAAUUGUUGCGGGUAAAAUGAAAGGUGUUGUUCUCAUGUCAAAAGUCUUUUCAAAGCUCAGGUCAGGCAAUGAAAGAAAUUGUGAAAUUAGUAGCUCGGAUACAUCUGAGAGCCCAAGUCCUGGUUCUGCUACAGCAGACCAAACAAAGUUGACCCCUUCUAGGAGUAGGAGGCAUUCAGAAUCUUAGAUAUAAACAUGCUAAGGCAUGCCUUGUUUGGGCUUGUAAACUUAUGUACAUAUUUGACCAUUAGGAAAAUUAGAAGCCACUGACUUUAUCCGGCUGAUUCCCCUUUGGUACAAUUCCAGCAAAAGACGCAUGUUGAAAGGGUUAUGGAGAAAAAUCAUGUCAGUUAGAAAAAUCAUGGAAAAUUACUGCUGAAGAGAUGGAGGUGGUAUAGUAUUGAUUGUUGAUCUUUGUGCCCUAUUCUGAGAGAGGGAAAGUGUGAUGGUUAACCACUUUUGCUGUACUAAAGUCUAAAGUCUAAAGGGAAUGGCAAAGUCUCUUUAGUGUUAUUUUA